GCCUAGUCCGCACCCGCCUCGCCCGGCCAUGCUGUCCCUCGGCCUCGUGGCCGCCUUGCUGCUGGCCGCAGGGCCCGCGCCGAGCCUGGGCGACGAGGCCAUCCACUGCCCGCCCUGCACUGAGGAGAAGCUGGCGCGCUGCCGCCCCCCCGUGGGCUGCGAGGAGCUAGUGCGCGAGCCGGGCUGCGGCUGUUGCGCCACUUGUGCCCUGGGCUUGGGGAUGCCCUGCGGGGUGUACACCCCGCGCUGCGGCUCGGGCCUGCGCUGCUACCCGCCGCGCGGGGUGGAGAGGCCCCUGCGCACGCUGAUGCACGGGCAGGGCGUGUGCAUGGAGCCCGCGGAGAUUGAGGCCAUUCAGGACAGCCUGCAGCCCUCCGACAAGGACGAGGGUGAGCACCCCAACAACAGCUUCAGCCCCUGUGCCGCCCAGGACCGCAGGUGCCUGCAGAAGCACCUGGCUAAGAUGCGGGACCGGGCCAUCAGCGGGGGCAAGAUGAAGGCCGGCGGGGCGCCCCGAGAGGACGCGAGGCCCGUGCCGCAGGGUUCCUGUCAGAGCGAGCUGCACCGGGCCCUGGAGCGGCUGGCUGCCUCACAGGGCCGCACUCAUGAGGACCUCUUUGUCAUCCCCAUCCCCAACUGUGACCGCAAUGGCAACUUCCACCCCAAGCAGUGUCACCCAGCUCUGGACGGGCAACGUGGCAAGUGCUGGUGCGUGGACCGCAAGACGGGCGUGAAGCUCCCAGGGGGCCUGGAGGCCAAGGGGGAGCUGGACUGCCACCAGCUGGCCGACAGCUUCCGCAAGUGAGCCCAGCCCGGCAGGGGCUCUGUGCCCACUGCCCCAAGCACUGGGGCUGGAGAGUCAGCCCAGAAGUCUCUCUUGGGUGUGCGUGUGUACGUGCGUGCAUGUGUGUGUGGACAUGAGCGUGCCCAGCGUCCUUUGGGGCUUAGAUAGUCCAAGAGGUUCAGGCAUGGCAAGGGGAUCCCUGAGGUGUUUCCCGCAUUGAUCUCGGAUUCAUUCAUGUAUUCGUUCCCCCACCCCUUCACCUGGAAGCAUGUAUUGAUCACAUUCUAGCGCCGGUUCUUGGCUCUGGAAGCUCUUGCCGGCCCCUCUGCUGGUGGCUUGGGAGGCAUCGUUGGAGGGCGCAAGAAGGUCUGGCUGAGUGAG